GAGAGAGAGAGAGAGAGAGAGCGGGGGGAGAGCCCACUAAGACAGCGUUUUAAUGAUUCACACAGAGAGUUUUUUCCGCCUGUCAUUCCGACGGCUAAACCACACUCCCCAUCUGUCUUUUUUGAGAUGGUAUAUCGUCUUUGCUUUUCCCUUUAAAUUUUUUUUUUCUGCCUGGUAAACUGCUCCGCCAGCAGCAGCAGCUCUGCUCCUUGAUGUUGUGGUAGAGCAUGCGCAUGCGCGCCACAUUGGAAUUACUGCACCGGCCAGAAUAAGUUGGAUGUCUUGUGUCUUCACGGAAACAGCAUAAAAGCGCGAUGUUCUUCAGACCAAGACGAACGAGUGUUGCGCGCGCGUGGACCUUCCCCGUGAUACUGGCCGUGGUUUGCGCGCAAAGUGCCAAUGAUCCCAGCAACAUGUCACUCGUGAAGGAGACUGUGGACAGGCUGCUGAAAGGAUAUGACAUUCGCUUAAGGCCAGAUUUCGGAGGUCCGCCUGUGGGGGUGGGGAUGAACAUCGACAUCGCCAGCAUAGAUAUGGUGUCAGAAGUCAACAUGGACUACACACUGACCAUGUACUUCCAGCAAGCGUGGCGGGACAAGAGACUCUCAUAUUCCGAAAUCCCGCUGAAUCUGACACUGGAUAAUCGCGUGGCUGAUCAGCUGUGGGUCCCAGACACGUACUUCCUGAAUGACAAGAAAUCAUUUGUGCAUGGAGUGACGGUUAAGAACAGGAUGAUCCGGCUCCAUCCAGACGGCACCGUUCUGUAUGGACUCAGAAUCACUACAACUGCAGCCUGCAUGAUGGACCUGAGAAGAUACCCGCUGGAUGAGCAAAACUGCACCCUGGAAAUCGAGAGCUAUGGCUACACUACAGAUGACAUUGAGUUCUACUGGCGUGGAGGUGACCACGCGGUGACAGGCGUGGAGAGAAUAGAGCUGCCUCAGUUCUCCAUCGUGGACUACAAGCUCAUAUCCAAGAAUGUGGUCUUCUCCACAGGAGCCUACCCUCGACUAUCUCUCAGUUUCAAGCUGAAGAGGAACAUCGGAUAUUUCAUCCUGCAAACGUACAUGCCUUCCAUCCUGAUCACCAUCCUGUCCUGGGUCUCCUUCUGGAUUAACUACGACGCAUCCGCCGCCCGGGUUGCUUUAGGUAUCACUACUGUCCUCACCAUGACAACUAUCAACACCCAUUUGCGAGAGACCCUUCCCAAGAUCCCCUACGUGAAGGCCAUCGACAUGUACCUGAUGGGCUGCUUCGUCUUCGUCUUCCUCGCCCUGCUGGAGUACGCACUCGUCAACUAUAUCUUCUUCGGUCGAGGGCCUCAGCGUCAGAAGAAAGCAGCAGAAAAGGCAGCCACGGCCAACAAUGAGAAGAUGAAGAUGGACCCAAACAAGUGGUUUGUGGGAAGUGUAGUUCAGAGAGACGAUGCUCUCUAUGCCAGAAUGAAGCAGAGGGAUAUUGACGCUCAUGAGUCCAUGUGGGAACCGAUCUUUGUGGACGAUGCAGCAGUAGGACUAGGCGAUCAAAAAAACAAGAUGGAACCUCACGAAAGCAUCCUCCUCAGCCCUCUGGAGAUGAAGAAUGAGCUGGGCGGAUCCGAGCUGGCGCUGGGCCUGGGCGACCCACGUAGCAGCAUGCUGGCCUACGACAGCUCCGCCCUGCAAUACCGCAAGCCUGGCCUGGUCCGACACGGCUUCGGUCGCAGCGCUCUGGAGCGGCACGUGGCGCAGAAGAAGAGCCGUCUCCGCAGACGCGCCUCUCAGCUCAAGAUCACCAUCCCCGACUUGACUGACGUAAACUCUAUCGACAAGUGGUCGAGGUUGAUCUUCCCCACUGUCUUCUCCUUCUUCAACAUCAUCUACUGGCUCUACUACGUCAAUUAAACACCCGCUGGGGCAGCAAGAGAAGCAUCUCUGCUUCCAGCCUUCAUCACCUUCUUUUUGUAUCAUUUUUUUGUUUGCUUGUUCAUAUCCUGCCAUUUAGGUUUGCAACACUGAAGCAAAACUGAAUUAUUAUAACGUGUUAAUAUAUAAAAACAGAACUAAUUCCAGUUAACAUUGGAGCACCUUAAUUGCUGGCUAACAUAGACACCAACGGAGGGAGAUUCUAACCAAACGCUGCCUGUCCCAGAGGCCUCAUUUAGAUGUCAUAGUAGGUUCUGUAGUGAGUUUAAGUGUUGCUAAAAGUAUUUUUAAAUGUUGUUUUUGAUACAUAUUGAUUUUUAUGAUUUUUACAAAUUAUAUCAGAAUUUUUGCCAAGCGUUCAAAAAAGUUUAAUUAGACAUUGAAGAUGGGUCAUACAGCCUGACACUUUUGUACUUGUAGCUGAGAUUUCUUCAUGUUGUGACUUUUUUUUUUACUUUACGUGCUUAUUUUUUAAAUAUAAUUGUUACUCUUCAUCAUUUUAGAACAGUUUUUGCCACCGUGCUUUUAGCUGUAUGACUAAAACUUUAACAUUCUAAAAAGGUAACACUAUGAACACUGGUGAACACUGGUGAACUCUGGUGAACACAGUGAAUACUGGUGAACACUUAGGAACACUGUUGAACACCGUGAACUCUAGGGAACACUGGUGAAUACUGGUGAACACUGGUGAACACCGUGAACUCUGGGGAACAAUAGUGAACACCGUGAACACUGUGAACUCUGGGGAACACUGGUGAACACAGGUGAACACUUGGGAACACUGGUGAACACCAUGAAAAAUGGUGAACAAAGUGAACACUGGUGAACAUUCUGAACAUGAGAUUCAGUUCAGUGUAUUGCGGCAUAUGGAAGACACAAAAAAAUGUGAGGUGCUACAUCAUAAGAGCACUGUUUAAAAUUAAAUUAAAACAUGGUUUUAAAAUGUCAUGAUAUAAGUGCCAAUGUGCAAAAUUUUAAAAAUUUUGCUAGAAUAUGAUUCGGAAUUUUAAUUUCAAGAAUGUUUCUUUAUAUACAAGAAUUCUUCUUUAUAUACUUUAUUGUUUGUUAUUUGUUUUUCUUAAUGUUUUCUUUCUUUGUGUGUAUGUUGCUUAGCUGUUUUUGCAGUUCCAGGGGUUGAACAUUACAUACACACGUUUAUUCAAGAUUACGCUACUUUACUGACCAGAGCCAGCAGUUAAGGGGUUAAGGAGUCUGCUUCAUGCAAACCCGCUGGGAAAAAUGAACAAAAAGGAAAUUCUGUCAUUUUCCUCCCUGACUUGUAAAUAUAUAUUAUAUAGGAUUGUUAAAAGGGUAUAUGUAUGUAUUCAAAGCAACUAAGAGUUCUUUAAGCAUAUAUUUGUGUUUACAUAUGAAAUGAUCUAUUUCUUUUUGAAAUCGUGAAGAACUGACUUUGGCAAGAUGUUGGGACAGCAGACAGGAGUUCGGUAUUAUUGGUGAAGUCUUCACUCUGUGAAGCCCUGGGUCCACUCCUCACAUCCACAGCAUGCAGGAAGACGCCUUAGAAUGAAAUGUCUGAAAAUCAUAAGCACAAUAUAGGAUGGUCCUGACUGGAGGAACACCAGAGCAAUGGUCUUCCUUGUGUCCGUGAAGGUGUAUUAGCAUAGAGACAGUUCAUACUCUGCUGUUAUGUUCCAUUGUUUUGUUAAAUAUUGUUUCUGUGAAAGAUUGCUUCUUUUAGUGAACCAGAUAGUUACAAGAUGUGGAGCCUGAAGAAACUAUUCACUGAGAAGAAAGUUGUGGGUAACGUUGAGAACUACGGUACUACGGUAUUUUAGUGUUAUAGUGGUGCAUAACAAUGUAGUGUUUGUGAUGAACUGUAUGAAAAGUGGUUUCUUGGCAUUUUUUGCAUUACAGUUUCCUUGAGCAGGUUUUCAUACUAGAAUUCAAAAGCCAUAGAGGCUGUGGAGGGGUUGGUGUGAUUCUGGAGUUGGUCUGAUUUGGAGGAUGGUCUGAUUUGGGGGUUGACAGACUCAAAAUGAGAUUCUUUUGCAGUUAGACUAUAUAUUUUGCACUAAUAAAACAUGUUAUAUAAUUUAACAGUAAAGGAGAACAGUCAUACUAAAAUUCCAAACAUGUUUGGUUAUGAUAACUUUUUGUAUGGUUGUGUUUGCUUUCAUGAGUUUUUAGUACAAUCAUCGGCAACUAAGUUUAGCAUGACAGACCCACCUAUAAUCCCGAACAUCCGUAGCUACAACAAGUUGACAACAGGACUGCAGUUAACAUCUUACCUUUAACGCUCUCUAGCACAGUUAACCUUCACUGUUCGUACUCCAUCCUUGCCCUAUAGCCAAUGCACGCAUGCCUAUGAUAUUAUAUAAUCGAAGAAAAGUUUACAUUUUCUAUUAAUAAUGACAUUCCAGAUCUUGAGACUGUGUCGAGAGGUUCAGGGCCAGGCAGAUGUUCCCAAACUAAGAAUCCCUGCUGGCUUCUGGAAAUUAUUUAUUCCCUUUAGUAUUUAUUUCAUUUGGCAUGAGGAGGAAAUACAUGAAUGUUUAUGAAGUACAGUUUAGCUUUUUUCAAAUGUCCUAAAAGUGUGAAUAUUUUCUGGUGGAGGUGGAGAGGACCAGUGUCUGUUCAAGAUGACUGUCAUGUCCUGAUCAUGUCACAUACAGCGAGUGAGUUUGAGUUGUGUGUAAGGCCCUGUUGAAGCAAUGGAAUUUAGAAAAUGCAACAGUUUGCAUCGCCACUGAGUACAUUAAUUUACUGCCAUCAAACACGUAUGAACAUUCAAGCGUAUUUUCUCCCUACCUCUUCACUCUGUGUCUCGGGACGUUACCUGGUGAGUUUGGUAAAUGCUAAACUCUUCUCAACUGCCUAAAUUACAGAAGAAAUCCCAGUGUUGGUGGUGUAUAUAAUUACAGAUGAUUAUGAGAAACUUGGGUGUUAGGGCUGAUAUAAGACCCAGUGCUGAUAACCUUUCAACUGGAACCAGUUAUUACUGUAAAUAUAAUCCCAUUUCUAUGGACAUGCAUUUUUAAAGACUUCCUGGUUUGUACUUUAUUGUAUGACUGAGCAAUGUUAUGGAAAGAAUCACUGAUAAUUCACCAAUGUAAACAUUUGCUCACUUAGUAUAACAAUUGUUCCUAUUUGCUACUGUACUAAACCUGAUGACUUCAACGUA